ACUAUCAGGUAAUGAAUGUGCCAGCUGAUUUGAGCGUUUAUUUCCCUGAUAUGCCGAUACAAAGGUUGAAUGAUGUGAUGCUUAGACAACUUAAUCCACGAAAAUGUUGGAUUAUUGAAAAAACGAUCAAUAAUAUGGGAGCACUUUCUAUAGCUGCACAAGGGUUGAAACGUGUGCUCACCACCUAUGAUAAGAUAAUCAAUUCAGAUGAUGGACAAGUGCUUUAUCUGUUGUGGAGAAAGGACCCAAAUAUUGAGAAUGCGAGUAUAAUAAUAGGUUUGUUGAAGAUUGGCUAUAAAAAUCUCUAUUUGAUGGAUCAGUCUAUGCGAUCUUUUCAAACAGCACCAUUAUGUGUGCUCGAUUUCUACGUUCAUGAAACUCUUCAACGACAAGGAUACGGACAUGCUCUGUUUGAUUAUAUGCUACAACAGGAAAACUCGUCUGCGGAAAAUGUUGCAAUUGAUAAGCCAUCACAAUCACUGUUACAAUUUAUGAACAAGCAUUAUGGUUUAAAUGAACCAAUUUGGCAAGUCACAAAUUUCGUCGUUUAUCCUCCAUUUUUUGAGAACAUCAAAGUGUGGGAUACCACCACUUCCAGCAAUCAAUCAUAUGCAAAGUCUGCAAAAACGGAAGCUGAAAAUCAGCACUCCCACGAAACACUUGGUACCCCUUAUCAUGGACGAGUUAGUUACCUAAUGCAGGAUAGUGCUAGAAUGGGAAGAAAGGUCGUUCUCGAUCCAGAAACGCCUCAAGGAAGGAAAAUAUGUCGUGAUUUUGAACAUCAAUCGAUAUGGUGAUUGUUUGCUGCUCUGAAUUAUCACUUACUCUCAUCCUGGUAAAUAAGGCCGAA